GCAAGUUGGAGCUCGUGUUUGAUUGAUAAUUUUUUUCAAGCUUCAUGUGGCAGCCUCCUAAUGUUAAGCAUUACCAAGCUCCUUGUGGCAGCAUAGUGAUUGAUUAUGAAUGUGGCAGUGUAAAGAAUGCAGUUUGGAACUAGUUAGCAGGUAUUUGUUGUUGCAGCAUUUUAGGCAGACUCAUGGGCAUUUAAGGGGCAGUUAUCGCUAUCCAUGUCCAUACACAGAUUGCCCGUGCAGUUUUAGUACAUGGAGUAAGCUACUAAAUCAUACAUACAAAGUUCAUGGUAAACAGCAAACUCCCAAAACAGCAGAAGUAGCUACAUUGAAGUGUCAUGUGUGCACAUGCAAAGACCUAACAACAGAAAGAGAUUAUUUUCAACACAUAAAUCGACAUCUGAGGCGUAAUGAAACAAUUCCAUGUACCGGUAUGUUUUUAGGUUGCUCAUUUAAAACAAAUGUAUAUAGUACAUUUAACACACACAAAAACAGGAAACACAACCAACAUUCAUCGAUACAUUUUAAAGCUAAUGUUGUCAGCACAAGAGGUCAGUUGCGUGAGUCAGACAAUUCUGAAGCUGGAUUAAUAGAGUCUGUCAAUACAGAUCAUGAAUUUGAAACACUUAGUUGUGAUGAUGCAACAGAAUUGAACCUGCAAAUAUCUAUUGAACAGAAAAUUGCUUGCAUUUUAUUGAAGUUAGAAAAUAUUGUUCAUAUUUCAAAGUCAGUUAUUGAUGAGGUCCUUUCUGAAUUUCACUACAUAUUAAGUACAGCAUCUUGGCCUGUCACAAAAGCUUUAGUUUCGGAUGUAUUCCAGCAUCAUAAAAUACAACUUCAAGAGUCACUAACUGAUGAGCUGUCCACUGUCCUAUGCCAAUCUAAUCCAUUAGGCGUAGCUAUCGCAAAGGAUGGCCCCCUUGCUACUUCAUAUAAACGUAAACAGUACUAUACAUCUCACUUUUCUGUUUUAGAGCCAGUUGAGUACAUACUAGAUGCCCAGAGAAAUAGAACAUUUCAAUACGUUCCAAUAUUACAAUCUCUUCAACAAUUGUUCACUCAUAAAGGUGUUCUUGAGCAUCUUGAAACUCAGAAAAUACAAGACCAUACAGGCUUCCAAGAGUACAGAACCGUAAGAGACGGUGAGUACUAUAAACAAAAUCUUUUUCUGUCUGGGGAAGGUUUUAGGAUAGCAGUAAAUCUAUAUGUUGAUGAUUUUGAGAUUUGUAACCCACUUGGGACAUCUCGUAGAAAACACAAACUCUGUGGCGUCUAUUGGGUUUUAGGCAAUUUACCACCAGGUUUUGUACUGGUGAUAAAUCAGAAUUUCAGACCAAAGAUGUAA